AGUUCCUGGGUGCUCGGUUGUGUGCUCAUGGGCCGGAGGACUGUCAGACGGACUGGAUCCUGCAGCGCUGAGUCCUCCUCGUAGAAACCGACAGGAUGGGUCUCCUUUCUGUGAGCGUCGGACCCUUUCGGAACCGGGUUCGGACGGUCCGGACGUGGAGCCGAGACUUGUCCACGAUCUCUGCGACUUUUCGCCACUGCGGGGCUCCAAAGUCGAGGGCGUCACUCAUCCAAAGGAGAUGUGGAGGAUUACGUCAACACAGCUUCCCAUUCGCUCGGUCACUCAGCUCAAACAAACCACCAAAAGGUUUCGAAAAGUUUUUCCCAAAGAGGGAAGAAAGCGCCGGCGUCAACAAAUCACUUAAAGAUGAAAAUGCCAAAGAGGAAGAGUCUCCUGGAAGGGAAGGGCAGAACACAAGUGAUGAUGAGGAGGAACGACGAAGAGGAAGGAAAGAGGAGGAGUCUCACUGGUGGACACGCUUUCAGGAGGAUUUUCCUUUGGAUAGAAAAACCGUUUUGAACCUUGGGAUCGGUGUAUCCGGCAUGGCAUCAGUUCUUCUUUACUUGAACGUAAGAGAGAAGGGGGUCCAGAUCUCCUGGAAGGACUUUGUGCAUUACUACUUGAACAGAGGCUUGGUGAGUUACCUGGAGGUCGUCAACAACCAGUAUGUCAAAGUAUUCCCCGUCCAAGGAGUGAACACAUCAGAAGCGAACUAUCUGUGGUUCUACAUUGGCAGUGUGAACGCAUUUGAGUACAACCUGGAGUUGGCUCAGCAGGAAAUCGGUCUGGAAGCCACACAGAAAAUAUCCGUUCUGUACAGCAGUGAGACUGAUGGGUCACUCUUUUACAGCGCUCUCCCAGCGCUCCUCCUGGUUGGCUUUUUUCUUUUUGCCUCACGGCAUGCACCAAUGGGUGAAGGCGGCGGCGGGGGGAUAGGAAAUCUCUUCGGCAUGAGUACAUCCAAAGCCAAAAUAGUUAAAGACAACAUCAGUGUGCGUUUCAAGGAUGUUGCAGGCUGCGAGGAGGCCAAAGUCGAGAUCCUAGAGUUUGUCAACUACCUGAAGAACCCACGUCAGUACCACAGCCUGGGAGCCAAGAUCCCCAAGGGUGCAGUGUUAUCGGGUCCACCUGGCACCGGGAAGACCUUGCUAGCUAAGGCCACUGCGGGAGAGGCCAACGUCCCUUUCAUCACAGUCAACGGCUCCGAGUUCCAGGAGAUUUUUGUUGGCGUUGGCCCAGCCAGGAUAAGGGAUAUGUUUGCCACAGCUCGGAAAGUUGCCCCUUGCAUCCUUUUUAUUGACGAGAUCGAUGCAAUCGGCCGGAAGAGAGGCUUCGGUGGUCAUAGCGAGCAGGAAAACACCCUCAACCAGCUGCUUGUGGAGAUGGACGGUUUCAACAGCAGCACUGACAUCGUGGUUUUGGCUGGCACAAAUCGAGCUGAUGUCCUGGAUCCAGCUCUGAUGAGGCCUGGACGCUUUGAUCGACACAUAUACAUGGGCGCACCAGAUUUAAAAGGCAGGGCGUCCAUCUUUAAGGUGCAUUUGAGACCUCUGAAGUUGGACUCCAGCAUCGAUGCACAGGCUUUGGCCAGGAAGUUAGCGGCACUAACCCCAGGUUUUACUGGGGCCGACAUUGCGAGUGUGUGUAACGAGGCCGCCCUGAUCGCUGCUCGUCACCUCAACCAUCACAUCGAUAUGAAGCACUUUGAGCAGGCGGUUGAGAGAGUUGUUGGAGGUCUGGAGAAGAAGAGUCAGGUGCUGCAGCGUCCAGAGAAGACCACCGUGGCGUAUCAUGAGGCUGGGCAUGCUGUCACCGGCUGGUUCCUCGAACAUGCAGACCCACUGCUGAAGGUGUCCAUUGUUCCUAGAGGGAAAGGUUUGGGUUAUGCGCAGUAUCUACCUAAGGAGCAGUACCUGUUCACCCGGGAACAGCUGUUUGACAGGAUGUGCGUGAUGCUGGGUGGUCGAGUGGCUGAGCAGGUUUUCUUUCGUCAAAUCACCACCGGGGCACAAGACGACCUCAGGAAGGUCACUCAGUCUGCAUAUGCACAGGUUGUACAGUUUGGAAUGAACGAGGCCGUGGGCCAGGUUUCUUUUGACCUCCCUCAGCCGGGCAACAUAGUCACCGAGAAACCCUACAGCGAAUCUACGGCCGAGCUUAUAGACCAGGAGGUCCGCUCGCUCAUAGACACUGCCUUCAAACGAACGCUUGAGCUCGUCGUCGACAAAAAGGAAAUGGUGGAGAAGGUCGCAAAACGUCUUCUAGAAAAAGAGAUGCUGGACAGAGCCGACAUGCUGGAGCUGCUGGGACCUCGUCCCUUUCAAGAGAAGUCCUCGUAUGAGGAGUUAGUCGAAGGCUUGGGUGACUUUGAAGAGGACACCUCGCUUCCCGAAGGGCUGAAGAACUGGAAUAGAAACAAAGGAGGUGAAAAGUAUCCGCAAAACCGACAGAACAAAUCAACCUUUUACCUGUAAGUGGACAUGUGGCUUUGAGGUAAAUAUUCCAGUGCAGCCAUUUUUUUUUUGCCGAAGUGCCGCACCAUCUGGUCCAGACUGCAGCCUGUUGGGGGUUCUGAUAGAGGCGCGUCUCGCUGACAGCCUCCACACGAAGGACGGUGGCGCGCUGCACGGGUCUUUCAUGGCCGAGAUAAUGCAAUGUGCAAUUUAUUUUUUUUUAUUGUAGUUUUUAACGUGAAGUUGCGGUUUCUGUCUUCUUGCUGGCGGUGCCUUCCACGGCCUUUUUCUUCCACACUCUGAUCCAUGAGUGCAACGACUAGAUCAGUAGUCUUGGUUUGUGAAGGUAAUAAGCUCACAGUGAAGAAAGAACAAAAGAUUUCUGGGUUGUUUGUGUAAUAGCCGGCAUGCUGUGCUCGUGUCAGAAGCAGGGACAUGAGUCCAGUUUUAUUCUUGUUAUGUUUGACUCCAUUUCAGUUUGAUAAAUACAUUUACACUGCAAGAAAGUGUAGCCCAAAUAUAAGAUAUAAACACCAACUUUGAGAAGAAAAUGACUUGAAACAAGUGAAAUUAUCUGUUCAUGCAGCAAGUAAAUUCUACUUGAUAUUUAAUGCUCAAUUUAAGAUUGUACUGUAACAUCAAGGACUAAAAAUGAGUAAAUAACUUUUAAAACAAGCCAAAAUUAUCUGUCGUGUCUAACAAAAAAAAUAAGAUUUUAAAGCUUGGCAAGUCCCAGAUGAUUUGCAGUGUAGUCUGCGUGUUUCCAGCCAUUAAUCCAUUGUGUUGGUGACUAAAUGUGACUUCCUUUGGGGUUUUUUUUUCUUGUUUUCUGUUCUUUUUCAGAUGUUUAACAGUCACAUUACUCUGAGUAUACUUUCUGACUGUUUAGAUGUUUCUUCACACUAUUGUGCAUAAGGAAGCCUUGUCUCACAUUUGAACCCAUUUCAGUCUUCCUGCAAACCUCAACCUCCCUAAACCUGGUUGUCUCUUAUUCAUCAGUAAAGGCAGCUAUUUUUAAUUUGCCCUUAACGCUGGGAACAAAUGAGCUCAGCGUGAAUGAAAUACAAGCUUAACAAAAUCACAUAUUGCUUCAGUUUAAACUUCACUCUCUCAUAAUACUUUUAAAAUGUCUUGUGUGCAGGUCAUUGUGCUUUUACUGAGUGUGACUAACAGACUUAAAACAGGUUGUGUGGCUUUCUCCAUCCCAACACCUUUAAACUCUCUCUGAACAUUUAUUAACAUGACAACAAAUUGUGGUUAUUGAGGAAAUCUUUCUUUUUUUUCCAGCCAACUGUGCGUCGAUUGUUUUCUUUACUGUGAGCCAAGAAAUCUUGCCGCUUCAUGUUUAUGAGAACCGCUCCCUACAGGGGUUAUCUGUUAUCUAAUGGUGUUUAAAACAUGCCAGUGGCUCCUCUGCUCGGUAAAUAGGUUUAUUUUAAACUUGAAUUGAUGCCUUGCAAUGUAAGCAGUGUGGACUCUUGUAGAAUUUUUACUCAGGAUUUCCAGUAACACUUACAACCAGCACGGCAUCCGGAUGAUGACGAACAUCAGUAGAUGAGGAGCGUGCUGGCUGCGUAUCGAUGUAUAUGUUUGACGGUGUUCUGUUUCUGAUUGAUGAAUAUUUCUUUUUACGUGUCAGUGAUGAGUAUUGAUUUUAUUGAGAUGUGAAGACAAAUGAAAUGUGAGGCUGUUGUGGCUCACGACAGCAAUAAACAGUUUUUAUACUCCGCUGA